AAUGUCUAUACAACUGCAGACUGUAAUAGCACCAGCACUGCCGUCACUUCUUGGGACAUGGCUGAAGGAGCCCACACCUACACUGUGGAGGCCCGCGGUAAUAGUAAAGAUUUCUACAACUGUACGUCUCUAAACUCAAGCUGCACACUAUCAAAUCUGGAGUGUGGAGAGAGCCUGAGCGUGUGGAUUGUUGCCACUGAUGGUGACUGUACUACUGAUCCUGUGAUGGGAGAGACGGCAGAGACAGUUCCCUGCACACCUCAGAAUGUGUCCGCUGUGGAGAAUUGCAGUUCAGACUCUGCCUCUCUCACAUGGAUCCCUAGCAACGGUGCCAUUUUAUACAUCGGAAGUGCGAGACACGUGGAUGGCACAGUUCACACCUGCACUGCCAUGGCGACAGAGUGCACAUUCCAAAACCUGAGUUGCGGCCAGACGUAUGAUGCAUUUGUCAUAGCAACAAACCUGCAAUGCAACAGCUCUGAGAGUCAACAUGUCACCCUACAGACGGCCCCAUGUGCUCCAGUCAGCGUGGUGGUGGAGACCAGAGACUGUGCAGCGAAUCGUGCGACAGUAAGCUGGCAGACCCUUCAUGCUGGGGGUCUGUACACAGCAGUACUGCAAAGUGAUCAUGGAGCCACGGUUAACUGCAGCACCAGCUUAAACAACUGCACAACAGCAAACCUGCUCUGCGGAGUGAACUACAACGUCACAGUCACAAUGAAUGAUGGUCACUGCAGAAGUCUGCCAUCCACACCCAUUCAGAUACAGUCAGGUAACAGUCAUGUGAGCAUGCACACUUUUUCAAACAGUAACAGAUCUUUGAAGCUAACUAUGUAUCUCCUUUAGCUCCAUGUGACCCUCAAAACGUCACAACCGUGCUCCAGUGUGACACCAACGUGGCUAACGUGACAUGGGCUGCCAGCGCAGGAGCAAAUCAUGGGUACACGGCAAUGGCAACAGAUGUGCAGCAGCAACGCUUAGGUUCUUGUCACACUAUGGGGACUUCCUGUCAGCUGACCUCUCUGCCAUGUGGGAUGAGACUAAAUGUCACUGUCCAAGCUGAUGGAGCCUCCUGCAACAGCAGCUCUCAACCUAAAGCUGCAGUAGUAACAGCACCCUGCAUUCCCACCCAUGUCACUGCUGCUCUAAACUGUACCUCUAACAUUGCUUCCAUCACCUGGUACAGUGCACUUGGUGCCACUUGGUACUUGGUAAAGGCAGAAGGAAGCCAAGGGUACAAGACGUCCUGCAACAACACUGUCACUCGCUGUGAUAUCCCAAACCUGCAGUGUGGCCAGGAAUAUUCCAUCACAGUCAUGGGCGUAAAUGGUGACUGCAUAGGCCCGGCUAGCCAGCCUAUCACUCUUGUCUCAGCACCAUGUCCAAAUACUGGCAUUCAGGCCAAACUGGAUUGUCGCACCAACUCAGCACUCAUAUCUUGGACACCAGGCAAUGGUGCACUAAGUUUCAAUGCAACACUGCAGUCUUUCCAGGACGCCCAAAAGCACAGCUGUUUCACCAACGGCUCCUCAUGCAACAUCACCUCAUUGCCGUGUGGUCAGCACUACAACGUCAGUGUUACAGGAUACGGCCAGAACUGUUCAACCUGUUCUAAACCCCUGGUCACUCUAGACACAGCUCCAUGUGUUUCCACUCAAGUCAAUGUGUCAUUAUCCUGUGGGUCUGACACUGCGUCUGUUUCCUGGGCAGCAUCUAGUGGCCUUGUUUCGUACUAUACAGUAACAGCAGAAGGUGAUAAUGGAAUUACGCUAACCUGCAACUCCAGCAGCACUUCCUGUAACAUCAGCGGCCUGACAUGUGGUCAGGCGUACAACGUGUCAGUCACAGCUAUGAGCGGCAACUGCACUGGGCAACGUAGCGAAGUUCGUCGUGUCAGUACUGCUCCAUGUGUGCCGGUUCUGAAUGAUGUGGCUCUGAACUGUAGCUCAAAGUCCGCUGUGGUGAACUGGUCUAGUUCAGGGUCGAGUCUAGAUGUGUUUUCAGUUAGCGCAGUGAGCGCUCAGGGUGAACGGCUGGGCUGUGGUAUCUUCAAUAAUCGCUCUUGUGUGGUGGAUGGACUGCAGUGUGGACAGACGUACACGUUCAGUAUGAAUGCAACGCAAGGCCAAUGCACCAGUGCUAGCAACACGCUACAGAGGGAGACAGCCCCAUGCCCUCCACUGAAUAUCCAGUCCAGAAUGAACUGUGGCAACAACACAGCGAGUGUGUCCUGGUCCCGUGGCAAUGGAGCACUGUCCUAUUUGACAACAUUGGAAUGCUCUAAUGGACAGACGUAUAUGUGCAGGACCAAUGAAACAGGAUGUGACAUCACUAACAUGACGUGUGGACAAACUUGCUCAGUUAAGGUAGUGGCAGAGGGACGUUCAUGCAACAGCUCUGUAGGCACUGGAUCACCUAUCGUAACAGCAACAUGUCCAAAUACUGGCAUUCAGGCCAAACUGGAUUGCCGCACCAACUCAGCACUCAUAUCUUGGACACCAGGCAAUGGUGCACUAAGUUUCUAUGCAACACUGCAGUCUUUCCAGGACGCCCAAAAGCACAGCUGUUUCACCAACGGCUCCUCAUGCAACAUCACCUCAUUGCCGUGUGGUCAGCACUACAACGUCAGUGUUACAGGAUACGGCCAGAACUGUUCAACCUGUUCUAAACCCCUGGUCACUCUAGACACAGCUCCAUGUGUUUCCACUCAAGUCAAUGUGUCAUUAUCCUGUGGGUCUGACACUGCGUCUGUUUCCUGGGCAGCAUCUAGUGGCCUUGUUUCGUACUAUACAGUAACAGCAGAAGGUGAUAAUGGAAUUACGCUAACCUGCAACUCCAGCAGCACUUCAUGUAACAUCAGCGGCAUGACAUGUGGUCAGGCGUACAACGUGUCAGUCACAGCUAUGAGCGGCAACUGCACUGGGCAACGUAGCGAAGUGCGUCGUGUCAAUACUGCACCCUGUGCUCCUCAGUCUGUGGUCAGUCAGCUCUUAGACUGCCAAACAGGUGAUGUUCAAGUUAGCUGGCAGCCGAGUAAAGGGGCGCAGGUCUACUAUGCUCAAGCAAAAUCUUCUAGCAAGAUUCUGGUGUGCAACUCCACCUCCACAUCCUGUGUAAUCCCUGCUACUGGCUGUGGGCAGACAUACAAUAUCACUGUGGCUGCCGAGGGCAACGGCUGUAGCACCAACAGUGUGACCAGUCUGGUCAUGACAGCACCAUGUCCACCCAGUUCUGUCGCCGCUGUUUUGGACUGCUCUACAAACACAGUCUUGGUGUCCUGGAGCUCCUUGAGCUUUCCUGGGGUUGGGUACACAGCAAGAGCCAUUGGCCCAUCAGGGCCCUAUAGUGGUGUGGAGUGUAACACAACAAACUUGAACUGCACUAUCACUCUCCUGCAAUGUGGCAGCCAAUACAAUGUCAGUGUCACCGCUUCUCAAAACAACUGUACUAGCAAACCCAGCACAGAGUUCUCCUUCAAUACAGCUCCAUGUGUGCCGGUUCUGAAUGAUGUGGCUCUGAACUGUAGCUCAAAGUCCGCUGUGGUGAACUGGUCUAGUUCAGGGUCGAGUCUAGAUGUGUUUUCAGUUAGCGCAGUGAGCGCUCAGGGUGAACGGCUGGGCUGUGGUAUCUUCAAUAAUCGCUCUUGUGUGGUGGAUGGACUGCAGUGUGGACAGACGUACACAUUCAGUAUGAAUGCAACGCAAGGCCAAUGCACCAGUGCUAGCAACACGCUACAGAGGGAGACAGCCCCAUGCCCUCCACUGAAUAUUCAGUCCAGAAUGAACUGUGGCAACAACACAGCGAGUGUGUCCUGGUCCCGUGGCAAUGGAGCACUGUCCUAUUUGACAACGUUGGAAUGCUCUAAUGGACAGACGUAUAUGUGCAGGACCAAUGAAACAGGAUGUGACAUCACUAACAUGACGUGUGGACAAACUUGCUCAGUUAAGGUAGUGGCAGAGGGACGUUCAUGCAACAGCUCUGUAGGCACUGGAUCACCUAUCGUAACAGCACCAUGUCCAAAUACUGGCAUUCAGGCCAAACUGGAUUGUCGCACCAACUCAGCACUCAUAUCUUGGACACCAGGCAAUGGUGCACUAAGUUUCAAUGCAACACUGCAGUCUUUCCAGGACGCCCAAAAGCACAGCUGUUUCACCAAUGGCUCCUCAUGCAACAUCACCUCAUUGCCGUGUGGUCAGCACUACAACGUCAGUGUUACAGGAUACGGCCAGAACUGUUCAACCUGUUCUAAACCCCUGGUCACUCUAGACACAGCUCCAUGUGUUUCCACUCAAGUCAAUGUGUCAUUAUCCUGUGGGUCUGACACUGCGUCUGUUUCCUGGGCAGCAUCUAGUGGCCUUGUUUCGUACUAUACAGUAACAGCAGAAGGUGAUAAGGGAAUUACGCUAACAUGCAACUCCAGCAGCACUUCCUGUAACAUCAGCGGCCUGGCAUGUGGUCAGGCGUACAACGUGUCAGUCACAGCUAUGAGUGGCAACUGCACUGGGCAACGUAGCGAAGUGCGUCGUGUCAAUACUGCUCCUUGUGUGCCACAAAACGUAUCGGCCAAUGUCAGCUGUAGUAGCAACAUUGCAACAGUAACCUGGGGGAGCAGCCAAGGGGCGGAGCUUUACUCAGUGACAGCCAGUAGUGUUAAUGGCCUCUCAGCUAACUGCACCUCAGCCUCCACCUCCUGUGACCUUUUAACUUUGACCUGUGGAGAGUCUUACACGAUCACAGUGAAGGCGAAAGGCAGCAACUGUAGCAGUGGGAACAGUGCACCUGUUCAGGUCCAAGCAGUGCCUUGUACCCCAUGGAAUGUUCUGCCCACCGUGAAUUGUUUGACAAAUGCUUUAGUGGUAUCAUGGACAUCUAGUGCAGGAGGACAGCAGUACACAGCCACCGCGCAGGACAGCAAUGGACUCUCCACCACCUGCCAGUCUACGGGCUCACAGUGUACUGUGACUGGGCUCAAGUGUGGUCAGCUGUACCACGUCAAUGUGAUGGCAUCAGAUAAUCUGUGCAGCAGCCCUCCAAGUGCUACAGUGAACACUAACUCAGCUCCCUGCACAGCCAGCUCCAUCAAGGCAGUGUUGGAUUGUCAGCUGGGUACAGCCACUGUGUCAUGGCAGUAUGGUGCAGGUGCUCAGGGAUACGUUGUCUCUGCCUUGGCACCGCUGGGCAACAGGGCUAGCUGUACAUCCAACAGCUCCAUCACGCACUGUGAGCUGGGCAACCUGCAGUGUGGCAAUGAGUAUAUGGUGAACGUACAGACUUUGGGAUCCAUGUGCAAUUCCAGUGCACAGAUGAAUGGCUCCCUGAUCACAGGUCCGUGUGCUCCUCAGCAUCUGAUAGUGCAGUACAGUCCUUCCACCGCUCUGCUCUCCUGGGAUGUCACAAAAGGUGCCGCCAACUUCACAGCAGUGGCUGUGACCGCUGAGGGCCUGACCGUGACCUGUGAGACCUCUAACACAAGCUGCACCUUGCCAGGCCUGGGCUGUGGUCAGAUCUACAACAUCAGCGUGACGGCUCGCAACAGUGUCUGCAAUUUCACUGCGACCUAUGAUCCAAUCAAGACAGAACCCUGUCCUCCUCAGAACGUCAAAGCUAGCAUAAACUGCACCACCCUCAAUGCUACUGUUUCCUGGGAGCCUAGCCAGUUUGCAGUGGGAUACAUUGCAUUCCUAGAAGGUCAAAAUGGUCAUUCCACUUCCUGUCGAACAGAUCGUACAUACUGCAGUGUACCUGAUCUCAACUGUGGAACAGUGUACUAUGUCAGAGUCCGUGCCAUCGGAGAGGUGUUCAACAGCUCUGACAGCACAGGGGUCAACAUGACAUCAGCACCUUGUCUGUCCACCAGUGUGUCUGCCAUCGUGGACUGUGCUACAGAUUCAGCUCUAGUGUCCUGGAGCGUCAUGGUUGGGGUGGAGAAUUACACUGUGAUGGCUUUGGGAUCAGGAGGUCAAAGGUUCUCUUGCUCAUCCCAACAGAACCAUUGUAACAUCUCGUCCCUGCAGUGUGGACAACUCUAUAACCUCACCUUCACCUCUACGAACCAGCAGUGCCAAAUCACCUCCGCCACCAAUGUCACGUUCCAGUCCAGACCUUGUGUGCCACUGCAUGCGGCAGUCGAUAAUGUGUGCGGCAACAACACGGCCGUGAUGUCUUGGGAGGCGAGAGAAGGAGUGGAUUACUACACUGCCCGAGCUCUCAGUGCAGGAGGAGUACACCAGGAGUUUUGCAACUCCACCUCCUCCACUUGUUCCUUCUCUAAUCUGGGCUGUGGAGAGACAUACACUUUUACUGUCACCGCUUACAGCGGCCGCUGCCAAAGCAGCGCCAGCGCACCUGUAUACCUCACUACAGACCCUUGCAGACCAGAAAAUGUGACUGCUCACAUGUCAUGCAAUAGUGAGAUGGUGGCGCUCAACUGGUCAAAUGCAAAAGGGGUGUCAUUCUACACUGUGACUGCAAAAGGGAGUCUGGGAUAUACCGUAGACUUUAACACCAGUUCUACUAGCCUGUCUGUGUCACUGCUCUGUGGACAAAGUUACAAUGUGACUGUCCAAGGGCAAAAUGAUCGCUGCGACAGCCCAGUGAGCGCCCCUGCAGUUUUCAGACUCGCACCCUGCACGCCCCAUAAUCUCGUGACAUAUGUGGAGUGUAAGAACCAGGUGGGUUCUGUCAGCUGGGGCCCAAGCGAUGGGGCAAACAUGUACACUGCCACAGCAAUAGGUAAUGAUGGACACACACAUCUGUGCGUCACUAAUGGGACCAGCUGCACCUGGGAGGACCUGCAUUGUGGUGAAAUCUAUAACGUCACAGUUACUGCCAAUGACAGCCGCUGCACAAGUACACGUAGCAACAGCACCUUCAUACACAUGGCCCCAUGUGUUCCUCAAGCUUUGACGCCCAUCCUGGACUGUGGCACGGGGCUGGCCACUCUGAGCUGGGCUUCCAGUGCUGGAGCUGAGACAUAUGCAGUGGAAGCAGUAAGUGGAAAUGGGAACGUGCUGUCAUUCAGUACCAACAUUACCAGUGGCUUUCUAUCAGAGCUGCUCUGUGGUCAACAGUACCAGAUCACUGUCAAAGCCAGUAACAAGCAAUGCAGAAGUGCACAGAGUUCACCUGCGAACCUGUCAACAGCUCCAUGUGCUCCUCAGAACGUGCUGUCUGAGCUGGACUGUUUGUCUAACAUUCUAACUGUAAGGUGGAACAUCAGCCGCGGGGCGGCGUUUUACCUGGUGUCUGCCGCGGGACCUGAAGGUCCAGUGAAUACCUGUAACACGACUGCACAGCAAUGCAAACUGCAAACGCUACGUUGUAGCUCCUCGUACAGUGUCAGCGUCAUUGCAGUAAAUCAGCAAUGCAAGACAUCAGGAGGUUCCAUCUUAGAAAUAAACACUGUGCCAUGUGUACCUAGUCAUGUGCAGGGCAGAGUAAACUGUACGACUGGAGACGUAUCUGUAUCCUGGAAUCAAAGCGUGGGUGCCAUUUCCUACACUGUGAUUGCUUGGAGUAGCGGUGGCUAUACUUCAGUGUGUAACAGCACUGGAACAGCGUGUGUCUUCUCAGACCUGCUCUGUGGGAUGAACUAUAGUCUGGCUGUCAGCGCACGUGAUGGGACCUGCAGCACUGCACCGAGCCAACCAGUUGUGCUAAAUACAGUGUCCUGUAAGUCACAGAAUGCUAGCGCCCUGCUCAACUGCGACACCAACUCUGCUGUUGUAACAUGGGAGCUCACCGAUAACGUCACGCAUCACGUAGUCCAGGCUGCUGGUUCUGACGGACAUCGCAUCAAUUGCACGAGCUCCGACCACAGUUGCACAUUACUCGGCAUGCACUGUGGCCAGAGAUAUAACCUUACCGUCACUGCUAUGGAUGGAGUAUGUGACAACAGCAACACAUACCUCACUCUGCAGUCAGCUCCAUGUGCACCUAGUAAUAUUCAGACGUCUUUGCUUUGCGACAUACACAAUGGUAGUGUUGUGUCUGUGUCGUGGGUACAAGCCAAUGGGGCAGAGGCUUACAGGGCUGUGGCCGUGUCUAAUGAUGGCCAUUCCUACUCUUGUAACACCACCACUGCCUCCUGUAAUCUGCAGGAACUGCAGUGUGGUCAGAUUUAUAAUGUUUCUGUCUACUCACUGGCCAGUGGCUGCGGGGGUGUGAAAAGUACUAUGUCUCAAGUGCAAACAGCUCCAUGUCCACCUCAGAACGUAUCUGCCAACAUGCAGUGCGAUUCAGGGUCUGUGCAGGUGAGCUGGAGUCCAACAGUGGAUGCCAGCCAGUUCAGAGUGGAAAUGCAGUCCCAGAUCACUGGUGUGAUCUCCUCCUGUAACAGCACAAACACGCAGUGCUCCAUCGCACAUCUGCCCUGUGGAGAGAGCUUCAAUAUCAGUGUGGUGGCACUGAGGGGCAGCUGUCAGAGUCAACCAAGCAGUGGUCUCAACAUUGUCUCAGCUCCAUGUACCCCACAGGGGGUCAAUGGUACUGUGGACUGUGUCACUAACUCCGCGUGGGUCUCAUGGGAUGUGGAUAAGGGUGCAGAGUCUUACACUGUGCUGGCUGUUGGGGACGACGGUCAAAAUACCACAUGUUCCAGCCCAAACUCCACCUGUUAUGUGCCUGACCUGGGUUGUGGAAAGAGCUACACCUUUCAAGUCACUGCUUCAAACGCUGCCUGCCUGAGCCCACCCAGCAACAGCUUCCAGCUGGAGACAGCACCUUGUACUUUGUCAUCCAUCGUGGUGGUGGCUGAAUGCCAAAGUUCUGUUAUCAUUGUACAGUGGCAGAGGGCACAGAAAGGAAAAUCCCUCUACAUUGCCACAGCAGAGGAUCAAGACCAUGUCCUCAAUUCCUGCAAUAGCUCUGCCUCUUCCUGCAACCUUACCAAUGUGCAGUGCGGCAAAGAGUACACCAUUAGUGUGGCUGCUUCAGCCAACCAAUGCAGCAGCCUUCGCAGUCCACCCUACAAGAUCAGAACCGCACCCUGUCAGCCCUCACAAGUACAGGCGUAUACAGACUGUCAAUCAAAGGCUGUGUUUGUGUCAUGGGACCCAUCAUAUGUGGCGCAGUCAUACCUGCUUACUGCAGUCAGCAGAGAUGGAGACUUAAAGACGUGCAAUACCUCGUACAACAACUGCACAUUAACUGAUCUGCACUGCAGCAACACCUACAAUGUGACCGUUUUAGCAAGUAAUGAGAACUGUACCAGUCUGCCUAGUACUAACGUCACUUUCAAAACAGCGCCAUGUAAGCCAGCCAAUGUAACUGCAAACAUUCAAUGCGGGAACAGUAGUGCUUCAUUGUCAUGGGUGGGGAGUACAGGGGCAGUGGCCUACGUGGGAAUUGCUCAGUCAGAAAAUGGCACAACGCUCUACUGCCAGAACACAGCGCCUUCCUGUACUCUGGUGGGCUUAGUGUGCGGCACUGUGUACAACUUUACAGUGCAGGCAACGGAUGGCACCUGCAACAGUUCCUUGAGUGAGCCUCAAAUUGGGGGAGCAGCUCCCUGUCCUCCAGCUGGGUUGAGGGUUGUCUCUCGUACGGUAGUGAAUGACACUCAGAUCUUGAGGGCGUCCUGGUCUACUGUGAGUUGUCCUAAUUCUGAAUAUCUCCUGGGACUCAAGGGCAACAUUCAGGGCAACAGCCAGGCACUCUUUGACCUCGCCUCCUAUUGGACAAGUCGCACAUUCUUUGAGAUACCCCUCCCCUGUGGCUCCUCCUACAACGCAACCAUCAGGGCGAGGAACUCUGCCGCCUCAAGUGGCGAGUCUGCUGCUGUCACUGGAACCACAGUACCUUGUGCCCCUCUAAAUGUGACAUUCUCUGCAUCAUCUGGAGUAGUGGCAUGGCAUGAGUCUAUAUUUGCUACGAACUACACCACGUAUGGGGUCACUUCCUCUGGUAGGACGAAACUCUGCAUGACUUCACAGCUCCUCUGCUCCAUCACCAAUUUCAGCAGUGGUCACAUUGUCGUAAGAGCCCGCAAUGCUGCCGGAGAGAGUGAAGACUCAGUGCCUAUUUUAGUGACAACCGCUGGCAGGAGGUGAGACCUGGCUUGAAAUCAGAAAGGCCUGCCCAACCCUGAGUGAAUGCAUCUCGUCGCACUCAAACUCUUGCCUUUGGGAAUUCUUGAAACUCUGAUACUUCACUUUUGCAUGUUACAUAUAUUCCAGUUCAAGGUUAAUUUUUUCCACAAUAUUUAUGGGUGGAAUAGAUUGACAGGGUAAAAGAUUAACAUUUUUUCUUUUAAAAUGUUUUCCAAAAUCUGUUUUUUUUUUCCUCUGGCUGAAGGAUUUACUUUUAUGAAAUGUCAAAGAUUUAAAAAAAAAAAAAGCCUAUAAAUAUAUUCCUAUGUUUUGUAUAUGAGUAGAGUUAUUAAAUAUAAAGAGCAUUUCUUCAUGUGAUCAGUCUUAUAAAUUAUGACAUGUAAAGCACAUGUAAAAUAAAUCAACCAUACACAAAACACCUGCUGUUCCAAUAAAAUGUUCUUACAAUGAACUGACAACGACACAACAGUGACCUAUUCGAAGCAAAAAAGCGCUGCAAAUUAAUGUAUUAAACAUCUCUGAGUGAAUGAACUAAUCCCAUUAACUGAUAUAACUGAAUCAGAAAUAAUGGUUCAAUAUAAAACAAUUGACUAUUAAUAAUUAAUUUUGAGAGUAGGACUGACUCAUUCACAAU